CACCAUCACGCAUCACCGAGCUCUGCAUCUCUCUCGGCACGCGCGCGAGCUCUCCUUACUCGUCGAGGUGCCUUGAUGGCGACCGAAGUGGCUGACGCUCCGGUGCCGCUGCCGGAGGCGGGCCCCGACACCGCCGCGGAGGCCCCUGCCGCGGACGCCGCCGCGGCCGCCGGCGACGCGAAGCCGGCCAAGGCCAAGAAGGCCGCAGCGCCGCGGAAGCGCGCGAACCCGACCCACCCGCCGUACGCCGAGAUGAUCUCGGAGGCGAUCACGUCGCUCAAGGAGAGGACGGGGUCGAGCCAGUACGCGAUCGCCAAGUUCCUGGAGGACAAGCACAAGGACAAGCUGCCGCCCAACUUCCGCAAGAUGCUGCUCGUGCAGCUGAAGAAGCUCGCCGCCGCCGGCAAGCUCACCAAGGUCAAGAACUCCUACAAGGUGCCGUCGGGGCGCGCCCCGGCCGCCGACAAGCCCAAGCCCAAGGCCAAGGCCAAGGCCAAGAAGCCUGCUGCCGCCAAGCCGAAGCCGAAGCCCGCUGCGAAGAAGCCCAAGGCCGCCGCCAAGCCCAAGGCCAAGGCGCCCGCCAAGACCAAGCCCGCUGCGAAGCCGAAGGCCGCCGCCAAGCCCGCGGCCAAGCCGAAGGCUGUCGCUGCGAAGCCCAAGCCAGCCGCCAAGCCGGCUGCCAAGCCCAAGCCAGCCGCCAAGCCGGCUGCCAAGCCCAAGCCGGCCGCCAAGCCUAAGGCCAAGCCGGCGGCCGCCAAGCCGAAGGCGAAGGCUGCUACUGCCAAGCCAAAGCCCGCUGCGAAGACGAAGGCCCCAGCCACCCCUUCCCGGACGACCCGCCCCGCCAAGGCCGCGAAGACGUCGGCCAAGGACACUCCGGGGAAGAAGGCGGCUCCGGCGGCCAAGAAGCCCGCGGCGGCAGCGAAGAAGUCCCCUGCCAAGAAGCCCGCUCCGGCGAAGAAGGCUGCGGCCCCGGCGAGGAAGGUGCCGGCUCGGAAGGCGAAGAAAUAGAGCGUUCGGCGUCAGAGGAAUCUAGGCUUUCGUUCUCGUUUGGUUCCUGUAGCUGUUUCUCUUUUUUCUUGUCGAGGGGAUGUCAGGGGUGCUAGCUUGUAAAUUCGAUGUGGAGGCGGGGGGUACAGUGGCCAUUCCGCACCCGUGGGGAAAAGACGACGAUGACGACGAGUUUGUUAGGGGCUGUAUUUUCUGUUGCUGAUAUGGGUGUUUAAGGUCCGCAUUGUGUUUGUUGUUAAAGUUUAUUAUGAGGCUAUAGUAUUUUGUCGAGAAUUACUAUAAGUUUUGCUGUGAUCUCUUCUGAAUUCCAGAUCUGAAAUAGAAUGAUUUGGUGUGGA